UGCGAGUGGUAUACAUCACGAUCCGAGACCAUGCCAUCGUCGGACGCUUCCGCGGCUGCAGGUGACCUUCGUGGCUCGUUCCAGCUUGCGAUCAAGAAGUACUUGCAUGUGAAGACAAAGUCCAAGAAGAGUCGAGCCAAGAAGCCAAGACUCAUGACCGAGCCUGCUGUCGCAUCCCCAGAUCUCGAGGCAGUUUCAAAGUGUGUGGUGGAAAUCGAACUGCCCUUGAAUUCCGACUGGGUGUCGUCUCUCGUUGUCGUCGAUGUCGUCCGCGUCACAUUGUCCUGUCUCGCCGACGUCCACGAGCAUGCCCCCCUCGCAGCUGCCUCUGACCAAUCACCCGCCUCCAGCGACGACGUGACCCAUCUUCAAACCAUGCUUGGACGGGGCGAAUCGCAUCCGUUGUCGGCGUUGUUGUUGAACGUGCUGCGCAAGUGUGUCAAACUCGCAUGCAUCGACGUGGGCGACACGUUCAAGCUGUGUAUGGACUGCCUCGUGGAAUGGAUCGUCUUGAACGAAGGUGCAAAUUGGACGUGGCUGCUUGCGUUCGCGGGUCGCGUGGCGCCGAAGGACCUCACGGCGUACUCGCUUACCCACCUCGUGACAGGGGAAUGGGAGCGUAGUCACGCGGUGGUUUUCACCAACUUGGACUCGUACUUGGCGGUGGAGUAUCCAUGGCAUGUGACCAAGGGCGUGGUCGAUGUGCUGGACAAGGCAAUCGCUGCCGAGAACGCGCCGACGACUGUGAGCCGACUGCUGAAUCUGCUCGGUCGUGGAGCCAACGUGACUCGAGCGUGCGAUGCCAAGUUUACGACGCUGCUGACGAUUCCCCGCGUGUCGGCGCUCAUGCAGACUUGUGGCGCCGAUGUCCAAACCAAGCUGCUCGAUGUCCUCCAGCUGCACAGCGCCGUGCUGAGUGAAACUCCGGUGCAUUUGCUUCCGCUGCUGGACGACCUGUCGGGCCACGAUGCCGUCGGUCGUGCCGUCGCGGCGUGGCUCCACACGACCAAGUGCGAUGCGUUCGUCGAUCGUCUGGUCGACGCACUCCCGUACAUUCACCAACAUGUCAAGUCGUCCAGCGUGCUGGCGCCAUACGUAGCGGCCAUCACAACCAACGCCCACCGCACGUUGGAUCGGACGCACAGCGUUUGCCAAGCGUUUAUAAGACUGCACGACCUUGGCCCUACGUCGUUGGACGUGAACGCGCUUCCAUCUUCGACGGGGGUGUGCUUGGACCUCCUUGCCGCGGACCUCACGUCCGCCGCCGUCGCGCCUCAGAAAAAGCGGCGGGUGCUGGCAUUGAUGCUCCAAAUCAUCCACCAAGGCCAGGACAGGUGGACGUCGUCGUUGGCGGCGUGGAAACAAGCUCACGGCGUGUCCCACUGGCAGCUGUUUCUGACCUUGGCAGCGUCGUCGGACGCCGAGAUUUCGCUCGCGGCGCUCCAACUGAUGCAAGACGUCCCGUACCCGACCCUCGAAGAUCCGCUGUGGCAGUACCGAUGCCUCCACGACCUCUUGCGUCUGUUCUUUAGCCUCUUUGACGACGUGCCGCGCCUUGAGCUUGUCAAGAAAGUACUGAGCACGAUCAUGCGAGAAUCGGGCGGCGUGCUGCUAUACCCUGCGUCCGUGACGUCGACAUUUGUCAAUCUCGUGGUGGAUGCCGUCGUGUCGGCUGAUGCGCCGACAACUGUGCCGCACGACGUGCCCCAGGAAAUGAACUUUUUCCGAGGCAAGAAGCCGGCGUCUGUGGCUCGCCAUCUGUGUGCGACCAACUGCUUGCGGCCGUACAGUCCGUUUCCAAAGUCUGUUCAACAAGAAACGUCGGACGAGAACCAAGUCGACGUGUUUUCGCAGCUGCAGACGAUGCGCCUAUCGAGUGUGGUUGCGCCGUCCCAAUUCGAGUCGCAUUUGCUGGCCACGCGAGCUCGGGACAUGCAGCGGGCGGUUUCUUGCUGCGAGCACGUCCAGGAGUUGCUCUACAACGCCUUGAACUUGACUUCAUUUCCGGCGUCGUUUGCCAGCGCCGAUGUGCUGGUCGACGCGUGGCUCGAGCGGACGCUCCCCGUGGCCAUGUUCAUUCCCCCAGAUGACCACUACAGGGAGGUGCUGCCAGAGCGAUCCAACUUUGACAUUGACCUGCGCAUGGAGCAGUGGGUGUAUCGCUAUCCGUGCUUUAUUCCACUGACCAAAGCGGCAGUGCUGUACAGCUCGCCCCAAGUAGCAGCGCGGUGCUUGCCGUUGUUGAAAGCAGUGCUGGUGGUCCUGGUCAAUUUCUGGCACGCGCGGCGAUUUCAGAAACAAGCAAACGGCGAUGCAAGCUGGGAACUGCAUGUCAGCAUUGAGGUCAUGUCGAUUGUGGAAGGGACUGGGUGGGUGCCGGAGCCGUUGAAUUCGAGCGCGCUGCUCUUCCCCCACGUGUCAGCCAUGGAUAUUCGGUCGAUGCUGCACGCCGUUUGGAUGUACUUGGCAGACCACCCCCCCUUUUUGCAGUCACCGGCCAAACCAGAUGAGGCGUACCAGAUCCCGAUCCAAAACGCCAUCCACAACAACAUUCACUCCAUUGGACACCUCUUUGGCCACUUUUGCCAGUAAAUUCGUCGCUUCGACUACUCAUCUUGGUAACAAACAAUGUGCGCUUGUAUUACAGCACUGUCUGCGAUGUGAUCUGCUGCGUUCAAUGUAUUGAUCAAACGAUUGAUUUCCCAUACUAACCUGUGAAAUAAGUUGCCUUGGACCUGA